AUGGAUGACGGCGGCGGCGCCUCCCCGGAUCACUACGGCGGAGGCGGGGGAGGAGGAAGCAUCCGCCUGGUCUGCGACAACUGCGGCGCUGCGGAGGAGUACAACCCCGACGACGCCGAGGACGGCUUCUUCUCGUGCCGCCAGUGCUCCGCUGUCCACACAUCCACCCAGGCGACUGCCGCGGACCCCGACGAUUUCCAAGUCACCGGCAACAUGUCCUUCCACCGAGUUAGCCAAGCCAACAAAACCCCCAAAUUCCGCACCCCCGCACCCUACCCAACCCCUUACCCCACUCGGCAGCCCCCUGCUGCGACUGAGACUGACUUCGAGGAGCCGCGCGACUUUGUGACUGGCGCCGAGGCUUGGGGCGAGCCAGAGGAGCUGGGUGCUCGGGUCCGGUGGCGCUACGUGCAGGGGCUGCAGGUGAUCCUGCAACAGCAGCUGGAAGUGCUGGUCAAGAGGUACCGGGUGGGCGCGCUUGUCUGCGGCCUGGCUGGAACUAUCUGGGUGCGGUGGGUGGCUACCUCCAAGGUGUUCGACGAAAUUUGGGCGCGGAAGGUGCUCGCGGAGGACGAGGCUGCGCAGAGACUGAAGCGCUCUGCCAGUGGAGGCGAACAGAAACCUCAAGAGGUGAAAUGUGAAUGGGUGGAUGAAGCCUUGCCACGCGAAGACAGGCGAAGGGUUGAGUUCAUCUUUCUGCGCUCAUUGAGAACGAUGCUGCCAGUGUACUCAACAUUGUCUGUAUGUUUCCUGGCAUGUCAUAUUGCCCGGGAAGCCAUCCUACCGACUGACAUCUGUAGGUGGGCAAUGGAGGGUAAGCUUCCUUAUAUGGCAGCAUUUACCGAAGUGGACAGGCAUCUUGGGAGAUCUGUAAAACACUGCCCUUUGAGUGCAAGACAACUAUUCAGACCAGUCCGAGUGAUUGGAACAUGGCAACUGGAAGCUGCAGCUGGGUCCAUAGCACAACGCAUAGGAUUGCAGCUUCCUUCAGUUAAUUUCUAUGCUAUUGCUCAACGCUACUUGAAUGAGUUGUCUCUGCCGAUAGAAAGAAUCCUCCCUCAUGCUUGCCGCAUCUAUGAGUGGGCAUUGCCUGCAGAACUAUGGUUGUCUAGUAAUCCAUUAAGGGUCCCCACACGGGUCUGUGUAAUGGCUAUACUAAUAGUGGCUCUAAGAGUUCAGUAUAACAUCAAUGGUCAAGGGAUAUGGGAGGAGAUUUGUGAGACAGGAAGAAAUGCAGAUGGGUCUGAUCCUGAUGCAAAUUUACCACCAUCUAAGAGGCCUGAAGGCGGCACUAGUGAGGAAUUUGGCACAAAGGAAUUGCUAUGCACUCUUGCAAGUGCCUAUGAUAAAAUUGAUGUUGCGCAUGACUAUUCAAAGGACCUUCACUCUUAUCUCAAAUAUUGCAAAGAUAUUGUUUUCCCUGGGAUUUCAUGUUCAGUUGAAGAGGAUCACUUAAUAGAGAUCUUUCAGGAUAUGUACAAAGGACGAGAGGAUGGGAAUCCAAAAGCUCGCAUGGAGGAAACGCGAACCACGAAUGGAGUGAUGAAUAAACGAUGCCGGGAUGGAACUUCUGUUGGUGCAAGGAGCUUUUCUGCAUCAUCAUCAGGGGUGCAAAGGAUUAAGUCGGAAAUGGAGGAUCAUGGGUUUUGUUAUCUGCCGCCAAGGAAGUGGCUUAGGUCAAAUGGGUACCUUCACUAUAGAAGGAAGACAAUAACCGGUAGUCUUGUUUGCAUCGGACAUGCUGAUUAUUACGUGUUGAUACGCUCAUUUGCAAAGCUUGCAGAAGUUGAUGUUAGGGUUCUGCAUACCAGUGUGCUAAAACUUGAGAGGAGACUUGCCUGGAUAGAAGAGCGAAUAGGCAGAAGCUUGGAUGCCUUGCAGAAUCCACCUAUUAGCUAA